AUGGAUUUAAGAGUGGGCAAGAAAUAUCGCAUUGGUCGUAAAAUUGGAUCAGGCUCAUUUGGUGACAUUUAUCUUGGCACCAACAUCAUAUCUGGUGAAGAAGUUGCCAUCAAGUUGGAAAACACUAAAGCUAAGCAUCCUCAAUUGGAAUAUGAGGCAAAAGUAUACAAGGCAUUGAGUGGGGGUGUUGGUAUACCAUUUGUUAGAUGGUAUGGUACUGAAUGUGACUAUAAUGCCAUGGUUAUUGACUUGUUAGGUCCUUCUUUGGAGGAUUUAUUCAAUUAUUGUAAUCGAAAAUUUACUUACAAGACUGUUUUGCUAUUGGCUGAUCAAUUAAUUUGUCGUAUUGAAUAUAUACACGCUAGAUGUUUUAUUCAUCGUGAUAUCAAGCCGGAUAACUUUCUAAUGGGUAUUGGAAGAAGAGGUUCACAAGUUAAUGUUAUUGAUUUUGGAUUGGCCAAAAAAUAUCGUGAUCCAAGAACUCAUUUACAUAUCCCGUAUCGUGAAAAUAAGAAUUUAACUGGUACUGCAAGAUAUGCUAGUGUCAAUACUCAUUUGGGUAUUGAACAAAGUAGAAGAGAUGAUUUAGAGAGUUUGGGUUAUGUUUUGAUUUACUUUUGUCGUGGUUCAUUACCUUGGCAAGGUUUAAAAGCUGCUACAAAGAGACAAAAAUAUGAUCGUAUCAUGGAAAAGAAGAUGACUACACCCAACAAUAUCUUGUGUAAAGGAUUACCAAGUGAGUUUUUGGAUUAUAUGAAUUAUAUUAAAACCCUAAGAUUUGACGAUAAACCAGAUUAUGCUUAUUUGAGAAAAUUAUUUAGAGAUUUAUUCAAGAAGGAAAAUUAUCGAUAUGAUUAUGUUUUUGAUUGGACGUUGUACAAGUUUCAAUUGGAAAAACAAAGAGCUCAAGGCAAAGUGACCGAUGGAGAUAAUAACAAUAAUAAUAAUCAAGAGAAUAACGAUCAACAACAACAACAAAAUCAGAACCAACAGAGUCAACAUCAACAACAGCAACAACAACAACAAGAUGCACAAGAUCAGCAACAACAACAACAACAACAACAACAACAGCAGCAGCAGCAACAACAACUUCAAGACUCUCAACAACAACAAAAACAUUUUGCUGACCCUCGGUAUCAAAACCAAAAGGCAAUGUACACUCCAAACCAAAACUACCAUGCCAGCUCCCAAAAAGUACCACCACCACAACCACAAGCAAAUACUGGUAAUCCAGCAUGGCUUUGA